UUAGUUAAAGUGUGAAUAUCACCGCGAGAUGACGUAUAUGUAGUGGUAAUUUUCGCAUAAUAUUUAAAAUCGCCUAAAUGGUUCAUUACCUCGAAAAAUUCGCGCAAACGACAUCGAUUAUUUUUUAUUAUUUAUCUUACAAUUUAGUGUUACCAGUGCCACUGACAUGAAGUCUACAAAUAAAUCUGUGCAAUAUUUCGUGGCUCUAGCAGUUUCCUUGGCAGCGGUUUCUGCGGGGGUUACCCUGACAUGGACCACCACGGUGAUACCCAAGUUCCAUGACAACCAGACAGACUUCACACUAUCAGACUCAGAGAUAUCGUGGAUCGCGUCUAUAUCGUCCCCGGGGUUCGUGGUGGGCAGCCUGGCGAGCCGCUUCGUCUCCGACAGGCUGGGCCGGCGCGCCACACUGCAGGCCAGCGCGCUGCCUAUGGCCGUGGGCACGAUAAUAAUAAUUAGUACGGCAAACGUGUGGCUUCUCUGUACUUCGAAGUUUUUGUGGGGUGUCGGAGCCGGCAUGAGCGGGACUGUGUCAGCGAUAUAUUUAGCAGAAAUAGCUGACAAGGAGAUCAGGGGUUCCCUGUCGGUGCUCAGUCGGUUCAUGCUAAACUUCGGCAGCUUCCUGACGCUGCUCAUCGGCCCCUUCGUCUCCUACUACAACCUGAACUACAUGAUACUGAGCCUGCCCAUCUGUUACUUGAUCACGUGCUCCCUCGUGCCAGAAUCACCAUAUUUUUAUUUGAAAGAGGGAAAAGUGGGUGAUGCGAGGAAAUCCCUCAUUAGGUUGAGAGGGAAUAAAGGCGAAAAAGCAGUGGAAGAUGAUUUAACGGCGAUGCGCUCCGACGUGACGAAGGAAAUGCGGCAUUCUGGAUCUGUGAAGGGAUUCUUCACCGGUAAACAAUACCGGAAAGCUUUGACCAUCGGUGUCGGAUUGAAAAUGGGCCAAGUCAUGAGCGGCACCAUCGUGAUACAGCAUUACCUGGGCCGCAUCAUACAGGACAGCCGCUACUCCAUAGACUUAGCGACAGUUUUCAUUGUUUUUGGAGCACUUAGGUUUCUCGUAGGUGUAAUGUCUUCAGUAUUAGCGGAUAGAGUGGGGCGUCGUCCGCUUCUCAUAGUCUCCUUCUUCGGCACCGGCCUCUCCCUGACCCUCGUCGCUGUCUACUUCUUCUGUCAAGAGAUUCUCGCUUUCGACCAAGACCACCUCAGUUCCUACGCGGUCACAGUCUUCAUAGGAAUUGUACUCUCCAGUGUGAUCUCCACCUUAGGAUAUUCCUCUAUAAGUUACGCCAUCCUAGGAGAAAUAUUUCCAUUAAACGUUAAGUCUUUAGCCAUGACCAGUUUAAACAUAUUUGGAGGGUCAAUCAACUUUCUGACGACCAAAUCGUAUCAACAAUUGAAGGAUGUGUCGGGCUGUUUCGGAGUCUUUUGCUUUUUUAGUUCAGUGUCCUUCGUUUUUGCCGUUUUCUCGUACUUCGUUAUGCCUGAGACGAAAGGAAAGUCCUUAGGAGAAAUACAAGUAAUGGUGCAAGGCAAGUACUAUGACGAUAGUGAUGUGGUGUCCAACGCGACCACUGUGCUUGUGGGGAAUGGCACGGAAUUGAAGCCUAUGCUAGAUAAAAAGAGUUAAUAGAUACAAUAUAUUGACAUUAAUAUUAAUUUGUAAACAAUGGAUGCCUUAUCAAUCGUUGUGAUUAGUUUAGUACUGAAAUGAGAUAUUUUACUAAAUGACGAAUUUAUAAAUAGCUCAAAUAUUAUCUACUAGAUCUUUGACGACCUCGGUGGCGCAGUGGUAAAGUGCUUGCCCCUGAACCGAGGGGUCCCGAGUUCGAUCCCCGGUCGGGUCAUAAUGGAAAAUGAUCUUUUUCCGAUUGACCCGGGUCUUUGAUGUUUAUAUAUAUAUAUUUGUUAUAAAAUAUGGUAUCGUUGAGUUAGUAUCCCAUAACGCAAGUUUCGAACUUACUUUGGGGCUAGCUCAAUCUGUGUGAUUUGUUCUAAUAUUUAUUAUUAAUAUUAGACCUAUUUAUUCCAUAUGAAGUGCGUACUUUAUAUUAAGAAUGGGUUUAUAUAAUUAUAUCCUAGAUGCAAAAUACAAUCAUUAUGAAUGUGACAAAAGUAAUUGUUAUUAACAGAUGUUAUAUUUUAUAUACUUACAAAUGCAUUUAUUAGUAGAUUAAACUAUGAAAAAUAUACCUUAGGUAUAUAUAUAUAUAGGUACUUAAAGUACUUGUAAAAAAUGGAAUUUGAUAUUGGUUUUUGUAAAGUAAUUAUUUUUUUAUACUAAGUACAGGUUUUUUAAAAUCAUGCUAAGUUACAUAUACGUUUAUCCAACUUUUGUGCUUUGGCAAUUUUUCGCCACACCUUAACCUAAUUUACUCAGUGAGCUUAUAAAGCUUUAGAUUAAUUAAUCGAUGAGAAGUUCCUAUUGGUCUGUCUCUUCGUAGUGAAAUCUGUGAUGCAUUUUCGAAAUAUAUAGUAAGUACUUACAAAACUUAGGAAAUAAAUGUACAGAUCUCUAAUUAACAAUAAGGUAUUAGUUACUUAAAUAUUUUUUUUGUUUUAAUCAUUUACCCGCUCGUCCAAAUAUGAUGUUAUUUCCAACGCAUGUCACAAACUAUACAAUAUAAAUGUGUGAAAUUGAAAA